AUGUCCACUAAGAAGGAUAUGCGACGGCCGGACCUGGUCGUCCCGUACCAGGAGCCCGCCCCCAAGUCCGGCGAUAGCGCCGAAAUCUCCUCGACCCUCUCAUCCACACUCCCCAUGGCCGCCAUCUUUACGCGGAACAGGUAUAUCGGUUGGGCCUCGGUCGUCAUCAGCAUCCAGAACUGGCUCGGCGAGAGCGAGGAGACCAGCAAGAGCAGUGCCAGCACUCCCGGCUACUUCACCAUUGGCAUGUCAGCCAUGGCCCUCGCCGUAACCUACCUCCCCUUGUUUCUCCCGCCGCCGCCGAACCAAGCCACCAGCACCGGGCCCGCAGCCCCGGCCGCUGCUUAG